AACCGAGAAGUUACGUGCAUCUCAAAAAGUGGCAGUGGCAGUGGUAGUGUGAGAAUUAAGAAGAAGAAGAAGAAGAAAGGAAUGUGAAGUGUGUUUGUUGGACUUGGUUGGUGUUAAGAGAUAGAGAGGGAGAUGGGUGGCGUAACUUCUUCUAUGGCGGCGAAGAUGGCGUUUUUUCCGCCUAACCCGGCGUCGUACAAGGUGGUGGAGGAGGCGGCGACGGGGGCGUUGGUGUUGGAGGCAUUUCCUCGGCGCGAGAACGUGCGGGUUGUGAAAUUCGGGACUAGGCGUGGAACUGAGAUAGUGGGGGUGUAUAUUGCGCACCCCAUGGCCAAAUCCACCAUCCUUUACUCGCAUGGGAAUGCGGCUGAUAUCGGACUCAUGUUUGAGCUCUUUGUGGAUCUCAGCACCCACUUGCGUGUUAAUCUUUUCGGAUAUGAUUACUCUGGUUAUGGGCAGUCAUCAGGGAAGCCAAGUGAGAAUAAUACUUAUGCGGACAUUGAAGCUGCAUAUAAGUAUCUUGAAGAGAACUAUGGUACUAAGCAAGAAGACAUAAUCCUUUAUGGUCAAUCAGUUGGAAGUGGUCCUACUUUGGAUCUUGCCACUCGUUUACCCCGACUAAGGGCUGUUGUUCUCCACAGUCCUAUACUAUCAGGAUUGAGAGUCAUGUACCCUGUGAAACGGACAUACUGGUUUGACAUUUACAAGAACAUUGACAAAAUUCCAUUGGUGAAGUGUCCAGUGCUGAUAAUUCAUGGAACCGAUGAUGAGGUUGUCGAUUGCUCUCAUGGCAAGCAAUUGUGGGAACUUUGUAAAGAGAAAUAUGAACCUUUAUGGCUCAAAGGAGGGAACCACUGUAAUCUGGAACUCUAUCCAGAAUACCUACGACAUCUCAGAAAAUUCAUAUCAAUAAUAGAAAACUCACCAUCGCAGGGGCAAACUUUGUGGAAAAGCAUAGGUGGAGUUGAAGAAGCCAGAAGAAGUGUUGAUUGUUUUGAAGCUCCGAGGAUGAGUGCUGAUCUAAGGGACAAACCAAGGAAAAGCACUGAUAAACAAGAACAACUGAAAUUUCAAGGGCAUAAGUUGAGUAAUGUUGAAACAGUUGAGAAAUCAAGGAUCUCUUUUGAUCAUGUGGCAAGAUCUCAAAGAAACAAAGAGAACCAUGAUAAAUCUCGAAAAAGCGUUGAUGUUCAUUUUGGGAGGGCGAGGAAGAGCUUUGACUGGCUGGAUAAAAUUCGAGCUCGCUGAAGCUCUUGAAGAAGCAUCUGGAUAAUUGGUAAUGGGAUUGGUAUAGGGAGAGAGAUAGAACACAUACAUAGUUACUCACAUUGGGGGUUGGGGGGUAUGUUUAACUAAUGUGUUACAGUAUGCUAAUGUUGUUGGCGUGGUUUCUUGCAUUGUUCUUGUAGAUUUGGAUAUGUUGGGAUUUCAAGAGAUUCUAACCUUGUUUUAGUGUUAGUCUUAGAAAUGAAGCUAAUGGUUAAAGGCUGAAGGGGGCGAUUUAUUAUGACUUGUAAAAAUUCACAUGAUAAAAUCUUCCUUGUUCUUAUCCCAACUAAUUUAAAAUUAGCUUAUCUUCAUA